AGAAACAUGCAUGUUCGUACAAAUUAACAGGAGAUCAAAACAAAGGAAAAGAGAAGUGAAAGGUUUUGUGCCAUGGAGAUUAAGGUACAAUCUGAUUCCGAGCAUCAAGAUGAAUCAAAACAGCCCCUCUUGCAAGACACAACUGAAACAGAAGAGAAAACACUGAUACAGAAAGCCAUUAGUCAGACAUUUCAGAGCACAGCUCAUUUGGCCAAUCUUUUGCCCACUGGAUCAGUCCUUGCUUUCCAACUUCUGUCACCCAUUUUCACAAAUCAAGGUAUCUGUGACCCGAUCAGCCGGUUCAUGACUGCUGUACUUGUGACCCUCUGUGGGGUGUCAUGUCUCGUACUAAGCUUCACUGACAGCUUCAGGGACAAAAAGGGAAACAUCUGUUAUGGGUUUGCCACCACCAAAGGAUUCUGGGUCAUUGAUGGUUCAGCUACCCUUUCACCUGAAGUUGCUGCAAACUAUCGGCUAAGAUUUAUAGAUUUCAUGCAUGCUCUCAUGUCAAUCCUGGUAUUUGUAGCAGUUGCACUCUUUGAUGAGAAUGUGGUUAGUUGCAUCUUCCCAACGCCAUCAGAUGAGACCCAAGAAAUUCUUACAAGAUUGCCAGUUGGAAUUGGUGUCAUUAGCAGUAUGUUGUUUGUUACGUUUCCUACGAAGCGCCAUGGAAUUGGCUUUCCCCUCUCUGCAAAUUAAGGACAACAACAAAAUAUCCUUUUUUUUUUCUUGCAAUAUAUCAACCUUCGUGCCUUUUCAAAAAGUUUACAAAAUCUGUGGAUUGAUCUGGUCGUAAAAUUGUUACAUUCAGCUCUCUUUGAAGUUUGAAUUCAUAAGAUGAUUCUUUGCAGUUUGCAAACUGAACCAUUUAGUUGGAAAAAGCCUAUUCAUGCUUGUCAAAUUACAGGAACUUGCUAAUAUUUACAAUGCAAGGUAUUGUGACAAUAGAGUUGGGGUAGGAUUUUACAAUAGAAUACUUAUUCCAUUGCAAAAA